AUGAAUAUAUAUAAUUUGCUGAUACCUUUCAUUCCCAUUAUAUCUUUGAUCUCAUGUUCCUCUAUCGAGACAUCGAUUGGUGAUUCUGCUAUCUCGCAGGUUUUACGGCAUUCCUUCGAUAAAUUCCUUGCUGAGCCUCGAAUAUUUCAAGUAUUAUUAAAAACGAAAGAUGAUCCUGAACUGAAUCAGUUAGCAACAUUGGAUGUUUUGAACCGAGUGAAGUAUCGAAAUCUGUCUAUGAACUUCAAAGAAGAAAAAAUUCAUUUGAUAGUCGAUGAUUUGUACGUUAGAACCGAAACAGAAAUAUCAGACAUACUUUGGCCCCUUGGAUUAGGAGAGAACACUCUCGAUGUACAUUUGCAGAUUGAUCGAAGUGAACUAUUGAUUCAUGUGGAUGAGAAAAAUAUAGAACUUAAUGAAUGUAAUAUGAAGAAUGCUUACAUGAAGGCUCAUGUACAUGAUCAUUGGAUAGCGGAUAAGGGAAUCUCAUUAUUAUCCUCAUUAUUCUCGCCCAUCUUGGAUCGCACUCUUUGUAGUAUCAUUGCUGGAGAAGUAGCUGGGAUAACUUAUAAUGACAUAAGACGAUUCCCCGUGUAUGAUUUGAUUCCGGAAAAAACUCGAAAAUAUUUGGCGACGGACAAUACGACGCUCUUCUACCGAUUGAAAAACAUUCGCAUUGAAGAUCAUCAAAUGAAAGUAUUAUUACAAUUAGAAUGGACAGAUAUUAUGGAAAAUAAGGUGGAAGACCUGUUGGAUUCUAAUCUUAGUUACAAUACAACGUUUCUGGAUAUGGAAAUCAAUGAAGAAGAUCGUGUGACAGUUUGGUUAGAAGAUUCACUUAUCAAUUCACUAAUUUCACAAGUUGACUGGAAUUUCGAAUGGAUGAAUGAGCAGAUCCCUGUCUCAAGCCCCGUUAUCCCCCCAGAUUCCAGAGAGUUCCUAUCUACCCUGUGCUCUCAAUGCUUCUUCCAAGUAAACGUUGCUGCUCGUGGACAACCAACAGUUUCAGCUACCAACGAUUCUCUCGUUCUUGAAAAGAGAGAUCGUGUCCACUUACAAGUUGUAAAUCCCCAGCGCAAUGUUACUUCGGUGUUCGUUUCAUUCAUAUUAACCAUAGUAGCGGAAAUUCGUCCAUCCUUCGAUGAAGGAACACUAAGAACUUUGGUACAACUGUUAGAUACAAAUAUUCAAAUGGAAGCUGGAGCUUUUCCAAAGAACUGGGGACUGUUCAUGCAAGACUUGAUGAGAGGCAUGAUUAUGGACAUGUUAUGGCCAGAAAUUAAGAACGCCAUUGAAGAGCUAUCGUAUGGAAAAGGAGUUCGGAUAUCGAAAGCAUGUGGUGUUGAUCCCAAUCAGAUAAAACUAGACAUAGGAGAAGGUAAUGUGGGAUUAUCAUCAAGGAUAUCCUUUACACAGCUCGAUAUUGACAAAUGCAUACGUGAUCUCAAAGCUUCAUUACCAAAUACAUCGAAGCUUUUCAAAAAAAAUGAAACAAAAAGAUAA